CACUCCCUCCCCUUCUAGUAGUCUCCAAAUAGGGGCUCAGACUUUUAGGUUAGCAAACUUUGUUGGAAGAAGUGAAAAGAAGUUGGCUGAUUGUGUGCUCCACUUCUCUGCCUUUGAAUGGCAAAGCACAGAACCGAGCUUUGAACAUUUGACCAGACACAUGGCUCUAACUUGUGACAUGGCAGAAGAUUCUGAACCCAAAGUUCUCACUCUGUGAAAAAGAGCUGCUGUCUUCCCUUGAAGACAGAUAUCGCAUUUCACAUGUUUCCAGAUGUUGAGAGGAGUGUUGGGACGCCCUGGAGUAGACACGACAUUGAAAGAAAUUGUAUGAGGUCAGAGCUUUGCAACAGUGGUGAUUGUGUGGAAAAGCUCUGUCCAGCUUUGAGAGGCUCAAGAGGGACCUUACAUUUCUCAUCGCUUGAGUUCUCAUCCAUCACUCCGUCAAGUCCCAGGUCAUAGAGGUUAUUACCUCUUCUGGGUCAUGAUGAGGCUGCACUCAACACUGGGCACUUGGCUCUUCACACUCCUAGUGAUCCCAGUCUACUGCCAGAGUGGUGAUGAUGGAGAGUGGGGAUCAGGUGACGUCUCCGGGCCUGUGGUCACUGGCAACUCCUCUGCUUCAGUCUUCCAUGCAGCCGGGGAUGAGCCAGACAGAACCGGGCCACUUUUACAAACCCUGCCAGAGACGGAAGGUGGCGACUGUUAUGUCAACUUCCACACCAGCCAAGUCAUGUCAAGGCGGUUACGAGCUUUCAGAGAGGAAGUUGCUUAUCUAAAGGCUCUUCAACAUGGGAACCAGGCAGUGAUGGAGAAUCUGGUCCAGUUUGUAGGAGCAGAAAUGGGAGAUCAACGCUAUGAGGAGGUGAUCCAAGAGAACAUUGUUGGAAUCAGGGAGGAUCAUGUGAGCUGUGAGAGUGUGGUGACAAAAGCAACAGAGGAGAUGGAGAGUCAGCUGCAGGGAGACACACAAGACACUUCGGCUGGAAUUCAGAAAAUAAAAGAGGAGUCCCUUGCCUUUGAAGAAAUGCUGCGUACCGCGUCAGCCAUUGCCACUCGACUGGAGAGUUCCUCAAGAGCCCUGCACGUGGAGAUGAUCGAACAGCUGAGGAAGAACACGAGACAGCCGCGCUAAAACCAAAUGACCCAGUGGGAAGCCGUCCAACCUGGAAAAAUAGCUAAAGUGUCACUUCUAUUUAUGUCCACAAUGUUUUAAUAACAGUGAUACCAUGUCAUCACUUUAAACAGUCUAUAUGUGUUAUCUCCCGUCCUUACAUUGUUUUUUUAUGAAACAGCCUUAUUAUCAGAGGACUGAAACUCAGACUAUAUUUUUCCUCUCUUGUCCGAUGUUCAUUUGUGAGCCAUAAUGAAAACAUAAUGGCUUUGUGUACAAGGAUAUUGAAAAAAUGAUAUUGGCAGUGAGGUGACAUCUUAAAAGAAUAUUUUCUUUCCAAGUACAGACAACCCUGCAGCUAUGGUCUGGCUGUCUUGGCGCUAGGGAGCAGAUGGUGAAAAGACUGUAUGAGGGUCUGGAAAACAACAAGCAUGAACUCAUAUACAUUGGAAACAGAGAAAGCAAGGCGGAGAAAGAAAAAGGGAAAAAAAGAUAUGGCAAUGAUGUCACCGAGGAAUAAAUGAAAACGUGACUUGGCAGCUUAGAGCCAGAAUCUAAAGAAACAGAUGAAGAAAGAAUCCGAAAUCUUUGCAACUGAAGAAUGUUAAUUUUCAGUGUAUUCCUCUAAUAGUCAGUUGUGGUCGCUUUUGCUGUAUGUGUAUUUUGACGCAAUUUUGAGUAUAUGCUAGUGUUUGUAUGUUCAGAUAGAGCCUGUGUGAAUGAAUGAAUUUCAGUGACAUGAAAUAACCUUUUAUACUUAAAAACUAUUGAUGCUAGUCAUUCUUUAUGUGCCAUUGUUUAAUAUGAUAUUCACAUAAAUUCAACUUUGUGUUAAAAGAA